AUGAGCAUAGAAAAACCAUCGUCUGCUAUUCACGUCAGGGUUCUCUUUUUUGCCAAAGCAUGUGAGCUCGCCGGUGCUCGUAAAGCCGAACUCGUCUUACCAUCUCACUCGCUGACCUUCGAAGAUUUAAAGGAUAGAGUUGUCUACGAGUUCAAUCUGGACAGUAUCAAGGACACUUUCGUCUUGGCUCACAACGAGAGUGUCGUCGACGAGGCUGCCACGUUGCAGAUCGCAGAAGGCGAUGAAAUUGCUGUGAUACCGCCAAUCAGUGGAGGUGAUACAACUCUCUUUUUGUUUACCAUAUGUGUUGAUAAUAUGGAGGAUACAAAGGAUUAUGUUGGUCUUUACUCGACCAAGUUAAAUUUUGAUAACAUUGUUGAAACCGUAGUGUCCCCAAACUGUGGAGCUAUUUCCACUUUUAUUGGAACAACAAGGGACAAUUUUGAACAGAAAAAGGUAUUACAUCUUGAGUAUGAAGCUUACGAAUCCAUGGCUGUGAAAGAAAUGCAAAAAGUAUGUAAAAUGAUUCGUUCCAAGUAUGCUGUAGAAAAAAUUGCUAUUUAUCAUCGUUUAGGACAAGUUCCUGUCACUGAAGCAAGCAUUGUAAUUGCCAUAUCUUCACCACACAGGCAAGAAUCUUUACAAGCUGUGCAAUUUGCUAUUGAUACAGUAAAAUCAGUAGUACCUAUUUGGAAAAAAGAAGUUUAUGAAGAUGAUGAGGCCCAAUGGAAAGAGAACAAAGAGUGUUUAUGGACGAAAAGUGAUAUCUAUCCAAAAACAGAGCAAAGACCAAAAGAGAGAGAAGAAAAUAAAUUGGAAGUGUAUAAUUCACAAAUGUCAUCUGUCUGUCAAAAUACCACUGAUGCAGAUUCAGUUAAAGUCAAGUCUGAACCCUUAGAUUAUAGUUCGGAUGGGAGCUUGGCAGAUAGUGAAAGACGUGCAACAAUCAGUGUUGAUUAUAAUAUGUGUCAAAUAAAAAGGAACACAGAAGAAAUGUUUAAUCGGAUACAAGCUUUUUGUUUAAAUAAAAAACAAAAAGCAAGUCUAAUAAAAUUACAAGAAAAUUGUAUUUGCAGCCAAAACCUGGAUAAUCAUAACAGUGAUGACAAAACAUCAACUUGUAGUAGAGUCAACGUUAUUUGGACGAAACAUAAAAGUUCUAGGAAUCACAGGGAUGUUUGUAGAGUGUAUAAUCAAUGGAGCCAUCAAAAUGUUUCUCCAAAAUUAAAAAACGAGUCAAAUAAUUAUCCAUCAGUUCUUGAAGAAAGAAUAUCAUCCACGGAAAAAAUACUGGGAAUGAAUAAACCAGUCCCCAAAGAUGUAUAUGAACGAUUAAAAAAAAUAGAGGAUCGGUUGUUACUUUUAGAAAGUACUUCACCAGAAUACAAAAAUUUAUGGGCAGGUGUGAUGAAAGAAAAGCCUGAAAACUCUGAUGAUGAUGAAUGUGGUGGUGAAAACUUAAAGAAUGAAGACAGCAGAAAAAGAUCCUUUGCUAUGGCAGACAGUUAUUCAGCAUCCCAUGAAAUUGAAAAUAGGUAUGGUAAAAGAUUUAGAUGAUUUGGCAAAGACUGUGAAUGCUUCAGUUUUCUUUUAAACAUGCUUGCACUACCUAUGGCUUUGGAAAUCAUAAUUUCACUGUUCAAAUCAUAUGCUGAAAAAAAGAUGCUGAAGUUAUCAAAUGCUUAUGUCAGUUGUUAAAUUUUAGUUACUUUAAAUACUUGUUCGUAAAUAACAAGAAAUAUGUACAUAAAAUACUUGAAAAUAAUGUACAAAGCAAAAUGUUUGUAAAUAUUUGGAUUGAAGUAUUUUUUGGU